AACAAGCUGAUUGGCUCUUUUUGUUGGAAGGCGGGAGGAUCAGCGUUACGACAACUCUCCUUCACGCUGCAGUCAGUGGCUGGUCUCCUCUCGAAUAACAUGUCUGUGUGUGCUUGAUGGAGCUCUGCAGUUCAUGUCAAGUCUGUUUUAACGAGAUAUGGCAGAAUCAGAAAUACAGAAGAUAAGCAGUGCCAUUACUGCAGUGUUUCCUGAUCUUCCUGAAGCAGUUCUGAAUUCAGUUAUAGACACAUUGAAGGCACUUGGUGCAGAGACCACAGAUGAUCUGAAGUACAUUACAGAAGGAGACUUGCUGCCAGCACUGAAGCCAAUACAAGCCAGAAGACUUGUUGUUUCCUGGGCGCAGAACAAUUCCGCCACUCCAACUCCAACCUCGGUAUGUCCCUCUCCAGUUUCUGCAUGCUCCACUCCACGUUCUGCCUCUCCCUCAACAUUGUCAACCACAUCUACCUCAUCAUCCCCAAGAGGCAGUUCAUCUUUUCAGCCAGGCUGGGCAGACAGUUUUCAAAUACCAUGGCAAAAGCUCCCUGAAGAGUUACUGCAAAGUCUGGAAAGACAGAAAAGACCUAGUCCACGGCUACGACGAGAGAUGAUUAGAAUUGUGGUUUCUGAAAUUAUGAAGGUGUGUAAUAACCCGACCAAACACAACACUACAGAGAUAGGCAAAAGAAUGGUGGCCAAGUAUCCUAAAUCGCUACAAGAUGUAAUUGAGGGUGAUGUAGUUGGAUCUGGAUAUCAUUCACUGGUCAAGCAACUUCAGGCACGAGUUGAGAAUGUCAAACGACCCAACACAUCAAAGAUAAAAAAACGUAAGGCAGUUUCAGAUGGAUCUGACACAGAGGAAAUUCCAGCUGAGCACAAAGCAAGUGUUCAAGACACAUAUGGCUGUGUAAAGUGGGAGCUGAAAUAUUUGCCACUCUCUGAGACUGAGGAUAGUCAGCAAGAAAAAAAAGAAAAGAUGAAGACUAUGUUUGAAGAGAUGAAUUACAGUACAGACGACGUGAAAGAAUUGGUACAAUGCACCUUUUACACACAGCGUAAAGACAUCAACAAGGGGACCAGCAUAAGGCAACUAACCCAAGAGUGGCCCUUUUUGUUCAAGGAAUCUGGAAUGGUAGUACACUUCCAAGAACUUACUGGUGUCAGUCUAAUGGAGUGCUUCCAUGCCAACGUGGACAAGAAGUGUCGACGCCUCUUAAGUUUCUUUAAAACUGUUGAUGCACCAAAACACAAACAGGUUCUGGAUGUUUUUAUCAAGUUUCAGACUGAGAGAGGCCAAUUGGAUGGUUGUCCAGGAGAUGUCAUCGAGAUGGUACUUCUUUUACUGGCUCAUUUUGGUGAAAAAGAGGAUAACCUGUUUCAUUAUGUCGAUAAGACAUGCCUAGCCAGAGAGGUUCAGAUGGAGAAGCUGCCAGCAACACCCUGCAUUAUUGUGUGUGGGUCAUCCUGCUUUACUGCUGGGAUGUUCAUGUUGAGCAUCGACCAAGAGGUUGUCAACGACCACAUCACUUCUUUCGUACCUGCCUUCUGUCUGCUGUUUGGCAGUUACUACUGUUUCAACAUACACUACCCAGUGGAACUACGGUCAACACUUGAGUUCCUUCAAAGGUGUUUCUUCUCGAUAAAUCCCGAAAGAGGCACCAAAGUCCAGUGGAAGAAAAACAAGAAAGCACUUCCUGUCAAUCCCAGAGUCCUCACUCUUAUUGCUGACCUUGCAGACCAUGAGUGGACCUAGACAUUCCUUAUGGACAAUAUGUUAAGGUACAAUGUAUGUUCCAUGUUGUCACUGUCCAAAGAAAAAUAAGUAUGUCCAAAAGAGUAGAUUUACAGGAGAGGCUAAAAAUGUGCCUUAAUUCCAGUGUAGGUUAAUGUAAAGAUUUUUUACCCCCCAGGUGAUUUUGGAACAUAUUGCUCCGACAUUUUUCACAGCAUGUAAAAAUCAACAAAAAAAGAAGCUAUAUGUUUUUUUGUGGACAGUGACUUAAAAUUGUUGUUAAAAUUGUACCAAAAAAGUACUGGAAGUUCUGAGAAUCACUGUAAGUGUACUUUUACUUGGAAAAUGGCUGCUAUAGUUUAUAUAGAUACAAGUUUUAUAUUACACUGUUUUAUGAGGUCAGUGGUUUUGUUUAGCAAACCAGGUGAUUUUAUGGCAAUUUUAUAGUAAUUUCAGGAAUCGAAAACAAGUGAUUAGAGUCACUGAGGUUAUUGUUUUGAGUCUAUGCAAGAUGCACAUUUUCAUUACUGUUAUACUGAGCAGUUUCAAAACAAUUGUUAUUGUUGUUAUUUUGUAAUCAUUUAAUAAAGAGCAGAAUUUUGUUUACGGGAUCAAUAAUUUAUUGAUCAAUAAAAUGUUUAAUACAACUUUGA